AUGGAAAAGGCUUCCGAAAGCAAAACAGGUGGAGAAACCGUUGAGAAUUUUUCAGCUCGGCCGUAUCAAGUGGAGCUUCUGGAGCGGGCGAAGAAAAGGAACACUAUCGUAUGUCUGGGCACGGGAACUGGCAAAACGUUUAUAAGUGUCAUGCUCAUAAAAGAACUCGCUCAUGAAGUAAGAGGAAACUAUAAAGACGGCGGGCGAAGAACUUUCUUCCUUGUAAAUACAGGUAUCUAUGUAUGUUUCGUCUUUUUGAGAUCGGCUUUACCUUGGGGGAGUGGGUACGAUAUCUCAGCGCGGGUUGGGCCGGGGUUGUGAAGAGGGAUACGGGGUAGUGGCAGUCCUCGCAUACGGUUUAAAUACAAUUCAAUGGAAAUAGAGGAAAUGAUCAUAGAUCUUUCCUUGUUUUGGUCUGAUUAUGAUAUAUUUGAACUUUCGAUGCCAGAAAUUAAAAUAUAAGAUAGAGAAUGUGGUUUACAUUCUAGUAAAAUCUUUAUUUAUUUAAAGAGGGUAGCACUUAAUAGCCAAAAGGCUAAUAAACUUGAGGCCCUUAUAGAAUACAUAUGAUAUUACUAAUACAAAUUUAGAUAUCAAUAAGUAAAAACAAAUACAUUAUUAAAGAAAUAAAAGAACAGUUAAAAAAUUAAAAGUCCUAUGAUAAAAUCUAACAUAAAGUAGAUCUCAAGGAUUAAAUGACAGAGUCAUGAAACUAUAAAAAGGAACCUAUUAAACUAUAAAAUGAUUCAAAUUCUGUUGACUUCUGAGAAAAAAAUUGCCUUAAGGCAUUUUUAAAACUUUGUACAGAUGUCUUCUGUCAUAAGGUGAUAAGUAAACUGUUCCAUAGUUGACAUAUGGUAACAUUGAAAGUUUUGCCGCCAAUUAAUUUACGUUUUAACUUUGGGCAUACUAAGUUAUAGUUUGCAUUCCCAGUGUUACAAGAGUGAAGAACACUAUUAUAUGUUAAAAGGCAAGUAAUAUACGCAAAUGAUUCUCCUCAUAGUCUCUUAAAUGCAAUUAGACAUUUGGAAAUUUUAGCCUCCUCAUGAAAAGAUAACCAACUUAAAUCAUCCAAUAAUCUGACAGAAGAGACCUAAGAAUCAGCAUCCAUAAUAAGUCUAGCUGCAUGCUUCUAUAAUCUCAGCGCUCUACCUAAAAGGUCCUUUUUACAAUUGGUUCAAACAAGAGCAACUUAAUUUCAUACUGGUCUCAUCAUGCUCUCAUAAUAUCAAUGUCAUUACUUCAUGUGUUGAGAAAGUUUUUUACAAACAUUUUCAACAUAAGAAGAGAAAUAUGAAGUGUCUUUAUAUUGAGCAGAUGAUGUUAAAGUGGUAUCAUCAGCAUAUAGAUCUAUUUGGGAAGAUAACCCAUAGAAAAGCAAGUUGUUGAUAAAAAGAAUGAAAGACAAUGAGUCCAGAAUACUUCUCUUAAAGGGACACCUUGCUUAAUCACAGAAGGUUCAGAGUCACUGCCAUCAAUAGAGACAACUUGCUGCCUGUUUAUUAAAUAGGAUCAGAACCAUGAUGACGGGGUUUUAGCCACACUAUAAGCCCCGAGCUUCAUAAGUAGGAUUUGAUGUUCUUCCAUGUCAAAGGUCUUUUGAAAAUCAAUCAUUGUUAGAGCACUGAUAUGGUCUUUAUUGAGAUUAGUCAACUGAUCAAUGAUCUUCACCAAAGCAGUUUCAGAGCUGAGCUCCUUUCUAAAUUUAGACUGACCAUGGUCAGAUAAGGUUGUUCUCAGACAGACUGGCAUAGAAACAGUCAAGGAUAUAACAUUCAACCACUUUUGAAAGCACUGGAAGAACUGAUAGUGGGAAAUUGGAACGAUCAUCUGUUUUGCCACCUUUAAACAAAGAAGUGACUUUUGCUUUCUUCCAUCACUUAAGGAACACUCCAUUCUCAAUGAAAAUAUUUCUAAGCCGGGCAACAGAAGGCACUAUUUCAGGAGCUGCUAUCCUCAAUAAAUGUGAUCUGAUACAAUGAAUACCAACAGCUUGAUCAGGACUGAUACUCAGAAAAAUUGUUUUGACAAUGGAUGGUGUUACUGUAGGAACAGGAAAUAGCACAUAAGGGUGUUUUCUUGAAUUGACAAAGUUGUGUAGGUUGUUAAAAUUCCAGUUGGCACUUGGCAAAGUAGAUCUUAAACUUCCAGCUGUGGAUGCAAAAUGUAUGUUAAACAGAUCGGCCAUGCCUUCUGUGUCAUCAAUAAUGCAGUCACCUUCUUUGAAGCAACUAACAGAUUGUGCAUUCUUUUUGUCAGCUGUUAAAGAUUUAAUUGUCUUCCACAUUGACUUAGAAUUGUUCUUGUUGGCAUCAAAGGCAUCAUUAAAAUAUUCACAUUUAGCAUUACAAAUGACUGUGACAGCUUUGUUUCUCUCAACUUUAUUCUUUAGUCAUCAGAAGAACACGAAAUCCUUGCAGCUUUGAGAUUAAGCUAUCUCUGAAAUGCAGUUGAUCUAAAGUGGGUUUGGACAUCCAAGGAACUUGUUGAAGCUGUUUCACACAUUUCUUACGUCAAGGACAAUGCUAGUCAAGCACUGAGUUAAAUAAGGAUUCCCAGGAUUCGAGCAUAUAGUCUAUAUCAUCGAACAUAAACACUGUAUUCCAAGGGGCCUGCCAGAGAGCUUAUUUAAAUUCGUCUUUUUCAAAGUCUUUCAUGUUCUGUUAUUCUGACUUCCUUUAGUUGAAAGGAGCUUGAGGAUUCUAGAGGAAUUCUACUCCCCUUGUAACUAACUUGUUCUUCCUUUUUUUCCAGUUCCAUUAGCUGGCCAACAGGCAAAAGCAAUCGCAAAACAUACUGACUUGAAAGUCAGGCAUUACGUUGGAGAGAUGGGAGUAGAUUUCUGGGACAAGCCCACUUGGGAAAAUGAGUUCAAUACAUUCAACGUUUUGGUCAUGACAGCUCAAAUAUUCCUCGACCUUCUGUUGCAUAGCUACAUACUUCUCUCGCAAGUGAAUCUCUUGAUCUUUGAUGAAUGCCACCAUGCCAAGAAGAAUGAUCCUUACAGACAGAUAAUGCAGUGCUUCAGCGAUUGCCCACAGCGCUCAUUACCCAAAGUUAUGGGUUUAACUGCUUCGAUAGUAAAUGGAAAGGUAAAACCUUAUAAAAUUGAAUCGGAGAUCCAAGAGCUGGAACGCACAUUAAGAUCUACAUGCGAAACAAGUCAAGACGAAGAUGUUGAAAAAUAUGCUGCUAAACCCGAAGAACUGGUCCUUGUUUACAAGAGCCAGAGCACUGAUGAAAAUGUAAACAUUUUGAUCCAAAUCCUGUCAGAUGUCUUAAAACCAGGAAUUGGUUUUCUCCGCGACUGUCGGGUGUCCAAAAUUGACGAGAAUGCACACUGGUACGCGAAGUUCGCUCUGAGAGAGUGUAAGGAGACAUUGGAUGAACUGGGCCCUUGGGCUGCUUUUAAAGUAGCAGAAUACCUAAUCAAGGAUCUAGGUAUGGUACUGUUUCAGUUUUAAGGGGAACUGACGUAACUGUGCCCAAAGUUUAAGUCAAGUUUUCGAAAAAUCAUAAUACGGUCAACGCGAACCAAAUAUCAUAAAUAUUAUCCAAAAAGAAGGGAAAAAUCUCAUGACUCCAUUUCCAAAAAUUUUGGUUUUAUAGGUUUUUUUAAAAUUUUGCUUUAACCCUUUACACCCCAACAUCAGUAUACAUAUUCUCCAUACUGUUCUCUACACAUUUCUUAAGGUGCUGACAAGGAGAAUUUGCUUAACAAUCAAGAGCUUCUUUAGUUGGUGAUCAUUUCCUUUAAUCUUGAUACCCUAAUGGUUGAUUGAUUCUUGGGUGAUCCUGUUAGGAGAAGUUAGAUGUAGUCACUCAGAGAGUUGAAGAGUUUAGCCUACAUGACAGAUAUUGACUUAAUGUUUAUUAGAAACGAAUCAGUGUGCCAAAUCCUCAGCUCAUAAUACCAAAUCCUCUGCUCAUAAUACCAAAUUAUUCCAAUUCAAGCAAAAUUAACCUGGGAUUGGAUAAAAAUGCCUUUGUUGGCAUCUUUUGAUCAACUGGAAUGGAAUGCACUUAUAAACCGGAAUCUUUCCUUCUAGACAGAGCAUGCAAGGUUCAAAGCAGCAAACAAGGGCGAUUGUUUUGCGAGUUUAGUGCCACCCAGCUGCGUCAACUGCGGGGCGUUUACUGUAAUUUUACUGAAAGUGAUGGGUCUGAGGACAGUGGACAUUGUUACUUCAUGCCUAAACUUCAAACACUUCUGAGUGUUUUCAGGGAGUUUGCUAACUCACAGCAUGGUAAGGAAUACUCUGCUGACUGCUUUAUUUAUGGAACUGAUAUUUCAUUUCCUCAGUGAAAACCAAAACAGAAGAUUAGCAAAGUGGAUAUUUUUGCACUUCUUAUCACAAUUUGACAUUUUCUUUUCUAAGAUCUCUCCUGAUUGUGUGCCAAACCUUCUUAAAAUUUUAACCAUGAGACUUUGUGUUAAAUUUCGAAAUAUCCACUGCCCAUGAUUUUUCUUUCCUCUCAGCUCCUGUAUAUUUUGAAUUGUAAUGUUAUUGUGAGGAGAAAAUUUGUUUUGGUUUGCUCUUAGCAGUGAGAGGUGAAAUGGAAUAAUAAUAGUGGUACUAGUAAUAAAAAUAUUGAUGAUAGUGACAGGGCCAAAUUGAUUACAAUCAUUAUAGUAGGAAAUUUAACAACAAUAAAAAUGAUAAUGAUGAUAACAACAACUAUAAUAAUCUCUCAGGGGGAGAUCAAUAUUCAGUAGCCAUCUCCUCAUUCCACCAAGAAAUGUGAGGAACAACAUCGUGGUUGAGGAACAAAUCACGGGGACAAAAAGAUCAAACAUGGCUACAUCUGCUACCCAGCUUCACCUUAAGGAAGAUUAAGCCAAUUGUUAAAAGUAAUAUUAAUAAGAAUAAUCUUUUAGGUUUACUUUUGUUUUUUUGUCGAUCCAUACACACCAAAUAACCAGCUUUAAAAUUGGCUCUUUCUUGAAAUUUGUUUCAAGGGUGAUUUUGGAUGUUACUCUGCAAAACAGCUUGGUGAUCCUCAGUUUGGUUAUUUUGCAGCAUCUGAAGAGGAGAAGACCCUCUGUGCCAUUGUGUUUGUUGAAAGACGAUACACAGCACUGAUCCUCAGCAAACAGCUUAACAAGGCAGCCGAACUAGAUCAUGAGCUCUCAUUCAUCAAAAGUGACUUUGUGAUUGGUCACGGCACAGGUGCAAGGGUUAGCUACUCCAGUAACACAGAGAUGAAUUUUAAGAAACAGGAGGAAGUGCUGCGCAAGUUCAGAAAUGACAAGAAAAGACAUGAAUUCAAUGUGCUGAUAGCCACCUCUGUUGUUGAGGAGGGAUUAGAUAUUCCCAAGUGCAAUGUUGUCUGCAGGUUUGAUUUCCCAAAGAAUUACCGCUCCUAUGUACAGUCAAAGGGCAGAGCUCGUGCCAAAGGUUCCAGGUACUACAUGCUGGUGGAUGAAAAGGAGCAAGUGGAAAAAGAGAAUGAAUUGGAGGUACACAUUUUAAAGUAAUAAAGUCAGUAAUAAUCCAUACCUACUCUGGUGAUUGUCAUUGAUAAUGUUUAGCUGAGGAUACAGAGCACCAGACUGCUGUGUGGGAGAUAGAAGGUUCGAACCCCAGACUGCCGACCAACACUCAGGGUCCUAGAAUAACUGAGGACUGUGCUGCCUUUGUUAAGACAUCUGCAAACAGUUAGACAUUCUGGUCAACUUGUAUAGGGAUAGUAAGCCACAAGCCCCGUCUUCUGUUUCUCCUCUCUACUGGUUAGCAGGGGACGUUAAAGAACCCAUGCAUUUCUUGCAAAGAAUAGGGAACAUAGAUGUCAUUUUUAUAGUCUGGCCUUUAGAUUUUUUACACAGGCUGCCUUUUAAAGCAGCUUUAAGCUGAACUGUGAAAGCUGGUUUAAAUAUCAUAAAUAAAUUCAUAACCUGGUCGAAUUAUUGUAAGGAAUGUUAAUUCUUCUUAAUGUUCAUGACUUAUUCCCUAGAUGUUGCGUGCUAUUGAGGAAAUCUUGUUGGAAAGAUGCCAUGAUCGGCUGGAGCCAUCAGUGGAGGAGUGUAAUGAGUCAGUAGACACAGAUUUACUUCCGCCGUACAUACCAGUAAAUGGAAAGGGAGCAAGAGUAACAAUGACCAGUAGUGUUGCUCUACUUUCAAAGUAAGUGCAAAGAAUUUAUUAACUUUGAAUUGUGAUGUAGUUCUAAAUUUGAGAUAAUUGGUUGACUUGUGUAUUGUUAAGUAAUGUGAUUGUAAAAAGGGAAGAUGUGCUAUGUAUGGGGUAACAAACUUGGGCAUCGAUUGUGAAAAGGGGUGAUUUCUAUUCACUAUGAGUAUUGCUGUAAAGCUGGCUGUUUGCUUCCCUACAAACCUUAAGAUCACCCAGUUCCUCACUGUUCUCCUUUUCUGAAGGCAAGUGCUAAAAUUUACCACUUGUAUUAACUCUUAUUUUUCACUGAAAUCACUUGGAAUUCAUGAAAAUUCAGCGGGUAAAAGGAUAAGUCUACCAGUUUGAUAACUAUUUUUACCUGUCAAGUUGAAAAUAAGGGAGUACACUGCCUCUUUCAAAGCUCUUACACCACAUCUACAUAAAGUUAUGCCCUUUUAAAUUUUAACUCAGGGGUGUAGAAUAUUCUUAUACUUAAUAUGGAGAUGACCAAUUACUUAAAAUUACAAACUUUAUAAAACUAGAAUUAUAUCAAUAUUUCUACUUUUGUCUUUUCAGGUACUGUUCAAAGCUCCCAGGAGACCGGUUUACUCAGCCCAAGCCAGUUUACAAGGUUGAGGAAAUUGGGAAAUAUCUUUACAGGUGUAAACUAACACUCCCAAUAAACUGUCAACUACGUGAUGAUAUAAUAGUGAGUUUAGAGGACUUUUAUUUUUUUUAAACUAAGACAUAAAAUUGUUAUUAUGGAAAUUUGCCUAUUUGCUCUGUCAUUAUCAUUGGCUAUUGAUAAAGUUUAUCUGCCUUCUGAUUGGUUACGUAACCGCCUCCCGGUUAGCUCAAUUGGUUAGAGCUCUGGACUGUUGUGUGGGAGGUCGAAGGUUCGAGCCCCAACCAGACCAACACUCACAAGGUCUUGAAAUAAAUGAGGAGAAUGUGCUACCUUUCUAUAAUGUCAAGAAAUGGAUAGACAUUCUAGUCUUCUCAGAUAAGGACGAAUAAACUGUAGGUCCCGUCUCCUACCUCUAUUAAUUAGUCAAUUUGGUCAGGCAGGGGACGUUAAAGAACCCACUCACGAGAUUACUGUGAUGUGGUCUGGCCAGUUUACUGGGAAUUGGGGGGGAGGGGGGUCUGCCCUUGUCAUUGUUAACGCGGGAUCCACUGUAAUUGGCUAAAGCUGUAGUGGUCUCCCUGCCUUAGAUCAUUGGGCGAAGCUAAAUAAAUUAAAUUACAAAAUUACGUUAUUGGUACUUUGGUUGUGAUUUUGUGUCUCUCAAUUCAACAUUGCUCUAAUUCUCUGUGCUAAGUUUCAAGCAGUUUGUUAGCUCUUGGAAAUUAACCCUGUAACUCGCAAGAUUCUAAAAGUAACUCUUCCUACUAACUGCUAUACAUUUCCUUGUAAAUUGGAGAGGACAACAUGAUGUUACAUUAAGACAACACCUUAACGCUGAUGAACUUAUAUAUUCUCAUCACCUGUUCGCCAUGUAACAUAUUGGAAUUGCAAGGAGAAAUUACAUGUUAAUCGCUUACUUGAGAACCAUCUAUGUCUGCGUUUCAUCAGGGUGAACCAAUGCUGAGUAAGAACCAAGCCAAGAUGGCAGCCGCGCUCGAAGCCUGUAAACUGCUUCACAAGAUUGGUGAGCUUGAUGAUGACCUGUUACCAAAGCGGACUUUAUCUGACGAGGAAAGUGAUUUGGAAGAAGAAGCAGCAGCUGAGUCUGGCGGAAAAAAACCAAAAGCUGGAACAAAGAAGAGAAGACGACGGUACAGGAGAAAGGUAAGCAGUUGAAUUUCACAAUUUUGGCCUGUGACUUACUCAUUAAACUGUUUACUUAUAUAUCUCAAUGCAAUGUCGUAGACAAUGUCUAAGCAUGAAUUUGGCUGGUCAGUUAGAGGGUCUACCAUUCCCUAUGCUUAUUCAAGUUUGGGUAUGCUGUUGAUUUACCAAUUUCUUUUGAGCUUUAACAAACACGUUAUUCGCUUCUAAAACGCCGUGACUUAGUGAUCAUGAAACCAUGAAACCAGUGUUCGAAUCCUCUCGUGGAACUCAAUUUUCACCUUCGCUUCACGUUCUUGACAAAUAUUUACACCUUCUUUACCUAAUGUUUUGUUGUUGCCCAGGUUCCUGAAGCAUUUGUCGGCAGCUUGGUACAGGAAGGUCAGCCCCAGUUCCUCACGACCAUCACCAUACAAGUCACUAAACUUACUCAGCCACAAGAGUUUGUCGUUAGUGAGCGACUGUUCCUCAAUGAAACUUGCACGUUUGGAAUGCUGACAACGAAAAGAGUUCCUUGGGUUGGUACUUGAUUAUUAAUAUUUCAUUAUUUAUCAGGCAACCUAAUUCUGUAGGCCAAUUUUCAAUCCAGUGUCGCUCUGUGAUUGGUCCAAAAAGCUUGCACCUUUCUUUCAGCCAAUCAGCUGCAAAACUAAAACCAAUCACGACUUGGUCGCCUGCGUUUUCCCGCGCUUUAGCCAGGUUGGUUGUUUUCAUUUAACUCAUUGGCUUCUAAAGGUCCACGAUUGCAGCGUGUACCACUUCAACCGGUCUCACACACCACAAAUGUUGACCUUCAUCUUACAAUGCAAUUUUUUCACUCUUCAGAUACGAUCGUUCAAACUGUAUCCUAACUAUGGCGAAGUCACGGUAUCCUUGCAGUGUCACAGCUCUCCUUUACGUGUAAACAUCACUAAACAAGAGUUGGACAUUCUUCGCCAGUUUCAUCUCUUUCUCUUCAGUCACGUUCUACGCUCUCCCGUGGAAUUCACACCAGGAAGUGUGGAUGGUUACUUCGUUGUUAUGUUGAAGGCUUCAGGAAGGAGUAUUGACUUUGAUUGUAUGAGAGAGGAGCUUUCUUUCAAACAAAGCCGUGGAAGUCAGCCCAUUGUCGUAGACGCAUUAGUAACAAAGAACUACGUUGAAUCUCCACAAAAGUACGCUGUUUUGAAUGUUCGUGGCGAUCUGACUCCGAUGUCUCCGUUCCCGGAAAAGUCGCAGGGUAACACUUAUGAAGAAUAUUUUCGCCUGAAAUACAGAGAAAGGGGAUGCAUUGCGAACAAGCAUCAACCACUUGUUGAAGUGAAAGAGCUCUCCGCUAGAGUGAAUUUUCUAGUAGACCGAAAACAAGGAACAAAAAACAAGCGCGAUGUGAUUUGUCUUGUUCCAGAGUUGUGUGACCAGACUCCCAUUCGCGCUUCUCUUCUAAGCGUGUCUCAGAUUCUACCUUCUGUUCUUCAGCGUAUCACCUCCCUCCUUCUCGUUGGUGAUCUCAAGGCCAUGGUUGCUGGUGUACGCGACACAACAGAUGAAUCAAUUUUCCCUCCCAUUGGAGCUGAAGAGGGCUUAAGAGAGGCGCCCAUGGAGGUUGAAGGCGAUGCUUUGGACCUGGAAGACGAUGAUGCACUUUUCUCCGACAUCAGGUCGAUGUUCCGUGACAGUCCACCAUCUGCUGACCACCCCGACUCCUUUCUCGUUCUUCAAGCUAUUACCACCACCCACAGCGUAGAUGCAUUUAAUCUAGAGAGGCUGGAGAUGCUUGGGGACUCAUUUCUAAAGCUGGCCGUGUCCAUUCAUCUCUUCUGCACAUACAGCGAUAAAGACGAAGGCAAGCUGACCCGGCGUAAGAAAAACCAGAUUAGUAAUUUAGCUUUGUACCGAGCAGCGGCCAAGAAAUCUCUGGGCGAGUAUCUCCAGAGCACGCAGUUGGCUCGCAACGUUUGGUGUCCUACGGGAUGUCAGUUUGGCGACGUACCACCGAAUCGCACCACAGGUAGCCCAGCCAUGGAAGUUGACAGCGGGGACACAGUCGAGGCAAUGGAAGUUGACGAGACCUUAGAGAGGGGAAAGGAGACAAAACUUACUUCUACAGAGCAUGCGCGCCAGAAAUGCAACACUCAAACGAUUGCGGACAAGUCCAUAGCUGACAGCAUCGAAGGACUGAUCGGAGCGUAUCUAAUAUCCUGUGGUUACCUUGGUGCGUUGCGAUUUAUGAAGUUUCUGGGGCUAAAAGUUUUACCUGAAAUUGGGACCAACGACGGCAAUGAUUUGCAGGCGGAGAAUAGCAAAUCGGGUUGCUAUGCUAGAUUUUGGCCAGAUCAGACAAAAAUAACAGUUGCGCAAGGUAAAGGAGAUAUGGUUUUCCGCCUCACUUCUGGCCUGGAAAACUUUGAAAACGAAUCAAUCUCGUACACUUUCCAACAAAAGUUGUAUUUGGUAGAGGCACUAAGUCAUGCGUCUUACCACGAAAACCGUGUCACGCCAAGUUAUGAAAGACUCGAGUUCCUCGGCGAUGCCCUGCUGGACUUUUUGGUCACGCAACAUUUGUACUUCCGUCACGUCAACUUGUCACCAGGUGAACUGACCGAUAUACGACAGGCCUUGGUGAAUAAUAACAUCUUUGCCACCCUUGCCGUAGAACACAGAUACCACAAGUAUCUGAAGCAUAUGUCUCCAAAGUGGUUCCAAACAGUGAAGAACUUUAUUGAUAGAGUGGAAGAUGAGGCAGAAGAGAGGAAAGAUGACCAGCUUCAAACGGUAGGGUGAACUUUAUUCUUUAAUCCUUUACAUCAGUUUUCUUAUUCUCCAUUCUGUCUUCCAUACAUUUCCUAAGGUGCUGACAAGGAUAAUUUGUUUAACAAUCAAGAACCUCUUUAGUUGGUGAUGGAGACGUUUCCUUUAUUCUCGUGAACUUAACGUGUGAUCCAGGGCUGUUUUAAUAAGGAGAAAUUAAGUGCUAAUUAUUCUCAUGGACCAAAGCGUUAACGAAUAUUUUCUCCAGUUGAUUUAUUAGAAGUCUGUCUUUGACAGGUCACCGCUGACCCAUUUAUUAUCGUGUCUGAAGAGGAAGAAGAAGGAAUCGAGGCGCCUAAAGUUCUUGGUGACAUCUUUGAAUCAGUAGCAGGCGCGAUAUUUUUGGACAGCGGUAUGGAUUUGACUAAAACCUGGGGUGUGUACUACCGCAUGAUGAAACCCUACAUCGGUAAGUUGGCCAUCGCCACCCGCGAAGACCCCCCUCCCCACCUCUUGGGAAAAGUCUUAUCAGUAGAAAGCUCCGAGGUUGUUUUUCUCGCAAUAAGCUGGAAAAGGAGUGAGAAUGAGUCAGAGAAAGUAUACUCAGCAUGGGGCAUUCAACCCUCAAAUCCAGAGUGAGAAGGAACGCCGUUGAAUAACGAACCUAGAAAAAAAUACUACAAAUAUUGAUUGAUAUGAAGUUUUCAAUUCAGAUCAUUACUCAGUGAACAUACUGCGAAAUCCCAUCAGACAUGUUUACAAGGAACCUGAACCUGGUGAAAAACACCGGAAAGAUUGAUUGAUUUAUGUUUUUUAUUCAGAUCAUUACUCGGUGAACAUACCGCGAAAUCCCGUCAGACAUGUCUACGAGAAAGACGAGAAGGCUGACUUUGGGUGAGUGUACAGUUCAAGGUUAAGAUUUUUGAUGGUUGGUUGACUCUCCCCGCAUACGUCUCUGACUAACAGCACCAAAGGUGUUAAUAAUUUUAGAGCGUAAUAGAGUGCAUUUUUGCCAAGAACAACAUCUAUGGAUUGCAGGAGCAGUCUUUAGAGAAAUUGUGGCCGAGUACGGCGGAUCUUUCCAAAAACAUGGACAUGCGCACGUGUAGAGUGCCAAAAUAGUGUGGCAUAACAUGAAAUUGUCAACAUUAUCCCUUGAAAUAGGGAGAUAUUGAGAAAGAUUACAAGAACUGCAGUUGUGGCGCGAUUUAAUCUAGCAGAUUUUCAUUUUUUUUUUUUCGUUUUCUCCAGGAAAGCGAAGACCCUUGAAGAUGGUAAGAUCCAGUGCACUCUGAGAGUGUACUGGGGAAAGUACAAUGGAAAGGGAUCGAACAUGAAGAUUGCUAAAGCUGCAGCAGCCAAGUUCGCUAUUGAAGGGCUGAAAAUGAAAUACACUGCGGUAUACGAGGAAGAUUAAGACUCAGUGAAGGCUUGGAGGACAUCAGUGUUGCGGCAUGUUGCGGCAAAGGUGCUCCCUUAGAUUUGUGUUGAGAUAAUGCUGUGGAACACUGUUGCAGUAAUAAGAAGUAAAUUUCUUUUGUGCCUAUGAUAAUAUUUGUACAUUAUCUUCCACAAUGAACAUCCCUUUCUAGGAGCCACGUUUAUGUAGGUGACGUACCUUGAAUGAAUGGGAGUCGUUUAAGAUUACUUUGUGUUACAAACGUCCCUUAAGUGUUGUGAUUGACUUUCUCAGACACCGAGGACAGUGUAGACAUUUGUCUAGAGACGUUUGCACUAUUAAUGCGGCUUUGAAAUAUUUUUUUAUCUACAAUUUGUCUUUUUGACAACUCCUGUUUUUAACUUGUGGGCGUCCCUAACAAUUAAAAAUAUUUUUUUGUUUAUUUUUUAUCUAUUGAAUGACUCAAUUUUUCUAUUUUGUGGGCGUCAGGGCGUCGUUGCUAACAAUUUGUGGAAAAUAGAGAAAAAUCGAAACAAACAAAAGAACAGUAAAAAAUAUCGCAAAAAAAAAAUAAUAGAAAACUCUGACAGCAAUAACUAUGAAAGUUCACCAUAGCAGUGCUUUGGUAUAUGAGUUUGUAAUUGAUGAAGAUAAAAUUUUAGUUUCCUGGGAAUCAGGCAUUUCCUUUAAAGAUUUAUGUUUUUUACCAGUUUUAAGUGUGGCAAGAAGAGUACAUGUAAGAAUGCAAGACCGAUUUUGGUAAUCGUGAUAUGUGUUGCAGUUGUAAAUAGUGUAGCUGAAAUGAAAUGGAAAGUUCUGUGUAAAAUAACUACACAUGAAUGAGAGAAUAAAGAAAAGCGCUGAUGUUACAUUCAUGUGGGCUGUUUGUUAUUACUCUUUAAAAAAUGCCG